GAAGCAGUCAAGAAGAAUAAUAAGAAAACUCUCCAAAACCCUAUUCUCCCAAUCCUCUCAAUUCUCGUUCCCAAUCCCUCUAAAGGCCUAGGCCGAUUCUCUAUCUUUCUCUUCUCAAAUCCCUAAUUCUGUUCUUAAUCCCUAAAUCCCCAAUUCUCGAUAGAACCCUAAUCUCAGGUUCUAUCAUUUGGUAUCAGAGCCAUGGUCACGAAUCUGAAUUCAUCACAACUCGUAACCGGGGACAUGAUCUACCAAAUGCAAGUCUGCUGUGAGCAGGCAAAAAGAUUUGGAGAAAAGCAUACAAGAUGCUGAGAAGAGAGACGAGGAGUGGCGAUUGUUGAUGGAGAAAUUGAAAUGAACCCUAACCUCUUCUCGGCGAGUCAAGCCACCAACCACCACUGCUGCGAGCUCACCCCCACCACCCGCUACGAAAAUCCCCGGCGUAAUUGUUUUCGCUGCCGCCGUCGAAGAAGAUCAUGAGGCCAUGGCCAUGCCGCCAACCACUGCCGUUCCAACGCCUCUAAUCACAGCUGUCAUCGAGAAGGAGAAUGAUUCACCUCCACAUCCUGCAGCUGAAGUUGUCACCAUACCACCACCCGCCAUCAAAGAAGAAGAAGCUCUGGCCGUCAAGAUUGUUGGCAACCAACAACAUCUCCGGGUGGUCAUGGAGACAAGAGACGUGAAGAGAAUGGAAGUCAGGGGGUCCUGCCAAGACCAGGGGAAACUUGUUUCACCGCUAGCAGCUGCUAGAGACGAGGCGACAACCAAAGUUGUUCUCGCCAAGCCGGUCAUUGCACUCACAAUUGGCACCAACUCUCGUGAAGGCCACUUGGAGCACGGCCUGCUGGUCAGAUCCACUCCACGAACGGCCGCAGGACAUAGCUCGUUGCCACUGAACCUUCCUAUCAACGGGUGGAAGUUCCGUAGGAAGAAAGCGGGAGUCGACGAAGAAGAACAGGCGACCGCAGGGGUUUUCAUCAUCACUUCCUCGCCCGCAUCGUCGCUUAUUACGUCACCCGUCGCCGACCUAGAGGUGGCAACUGCCGUUGAGCCUCCAGUCAAUGUCGUCGACGAGAAACGCGUCGGCAAAGCUACUGAGACCAGGAAAGCAUCACUGACCUCGCCGACUGCCGAUAUUCAGACCAUCGGGAACCCGGGAAUCCCUUCGAAGCUGGCGGAGAUCCACGUCGGGACUGAUCCACGCAAAGCCAGAGAAACGGGUUGGCCUCCUCGUCUUCAGCUAGCAUGCUCACCGCCGCGGAAGAAGCAUCUGGCGUCGCAAAUCGUGCAAGAGGCGAGAAGCUGGGAGGCGUUGUCGGUUCCGCCGUCGAAUGAGAUGAAGGAGAAGGGCGGCAGCAUCUCCCCUUCUCUCGUUGUUCGAGCAUCCGACGAGGCAAUUUGGUCACAGGUCGCAAAGGGAGAGAAGCGCCACCGUCGCCAAAAGUUCCAUUCGCGGUUACAAAGGCCAAAGAGGCGGAACCAGGGGCUGGUCCAUUAACCAGCGAUGAGGUGACGUCGGGAAGGGAGGGAGUCGGCUCAAAUCGUAGGUGUCGGCUGGAAUGUUUGACGACGAGGAAUGAGACAAAGAAGUCAGCCGGUGAGGAGGCGACGAUUGCGAAGAUGAUGCCAGAAGCAAGUAGUCCUUUUUGCCGGAGGAUCUGUUCACCGGCGAGGAAGUCGACAAACGAGCAGGGGGCUGAGUGCGGCGGGGUUGAAUUGGCGGCCACAAACCCUAAUUUUCUAACUUGGGGGUGCGCAGUACCGCAACAACGAGUCGGACGGGUCGCCCUCGAGUUCUUGGGCCGCACUGUUCGGAUCGCCUUUUUGUGUUCUUCGAAUUGCCAGGAUUCGAGAGCGAGCACAUAGAUGUGCAGGUAAUUGGAUCCGAUGUGCUAGCAAUAAUGGGACAACGGCCAU